AUGGCGAAGCUCCACCGUGACACGGCUGCUGCCGGAGAACAAGGCCAGGUAUCGGCUGAAGCGCCGCUGCUGGCUCCGGCAUCCAUGUUUUCUUUCUCUUGUAUGGCUAUGGAGUCAGUAAUGGCUGUUGUCCCAUAUCUUACCCCUGCGAUUGAAAAUUUGGAGUCCUUGCUCAAAAAUGAAGUGGCCUUGCUUUGGGCUCUACCAAACGGGGCCAUAAAAAAGCUUUCAAGCACUCUCUCCACUAUCCAUCCUGUCCUCGAAAAUGCAGAACAAAAACAACUGAAAGACAAAGCUAUGCAAAAUUGGUUGAAAGAGCUCAAUGAUGCAGCCUACGAGGCAGAUGACAUCUUGGAUGAGUGUGUAUUUGAAGCCCUCCGAUGCGAAUGUGAAGGUCAAGGCUCCUCCUCUGCUUCUCUCAAGAGGAAGGUACUCUCUUAUUUGCCAACUACUUAUGCCUCUCCCAAUAUUCCGUUUCAUCACAACAUAGGGAAUAGAAUUAAAGAGAUUACAGACAAGUUUGAUGCGAUUGCGGCUAAUCGUAGUAAAUUUCACUUAAACGAGAGACUUGUGGUGGAGAAACGAGUUGAAUAUGAUGUAAGCCGCAAAACCAGCUCCUUUAUAACUCAGCCACAACUCUAUGGAAGAGAUGAAGAUAGAGACAAGAUUGUCUAA